CAAAUUAUCUGAACAUGAGCUUACCCGAGUCAUCUUCCUGUCUGCAACUCAUUACAGGACAGCAAGAUGGAAGUUCAGACAAUGAAAGUUCAUGCAUACGAUCGACUAAGUGAACUAAAAGCAUUCGAUGAUUCAAAAUCAGGCGUGAAGGGACUUGUUGAUGCUGGUGUUACGAAGAUCCCACGCUUCUUCAUUAAUGAUAAUGAUAUGCCUGGAUCCGAACCGUGCAACUUCAACUCAGAAGCCAUCUUUCCAGUCAUAGAUUUAUCAGGCAUGCACCAUGCUGCAAACCGUGCUGGAAUUGUCAGCAGAGUGAAAGAGGCAUGUGAGAAGUGGGGAUUCUUUCAGAUAAUCAAUCAUGAGAUGCCGCUGCGAGUGAUGGAUGAAAUGAUUGCAGGGGUUCGAAGAUUUCACGAGCAAGAUGCUGAGGUUAAGAAGAAAUACUACGGUCGUGAUGUCACGAAAAAGUUUCAGUACAAUAGCAAUUUCGAUCUUUACAAAACACGGGCGGCCAUGUGGAGGGAUACUAUCACUUGUGUAAUGGCCCCUCAUCCACCUGACCCGCAGGAAUUGCCAGAUGUAUGCAGAGACAUCAUGUUUGAAUACUCUAAGCAUGUCAUGAGAGUGGGGCAUACCGUGUAUGAAUUGCUGUCGGAGGCUUUGGGCCUCAAUCCCAGCUACCUGAGAGACAUUGGCUGUAUUGAGUCGAAUUUCAUCGUGGGCCAUUAUUCUCCGGCUUGCCCAGAACCAGAACUGACCUUUGGCAUCAGAAGCCACGUCGACUUCGGCUUGCUCACAAUACUCUUGCAGGACCAGAUUGGCGGUCUCCAGGUGCUUCACCAGAAUCAGUGGGUCGACGUUUCUCCCUUGCCUGGAAGUCUAAUAAUAAAUGUUGGGGACUUUAUACAGCUGAUCAGUAACGACAAAUUCAAAAGCGUGAAACACAGAGCACUAUCAAAAAGGGUAGGGCCAAGAAUUUCAGUUGGUGUUUUCAUUAAACCCUACUACGCUGAUGGAGAUAAUUUGCGGGUGUACGGACCUAUCAAGGAGCUGUUAACUGAAGAAGAGCCGGCUAUCUACAGGGAAACAACUUAUAAAGACUAUGAAAGAUUCUACUUCGCCAAUUGUGAUGACGGAACCACCAAGCUGCCGUAUUUCAGGCUGGGCACCUGAUCAAUGGUCCUGCAGUGGCAGCUUGUCAAGUACUGGAUAGUUGUGAACUGACCUUCUUCACCACUCUCCAAGUGCAUCUGAAAGUCUACCAAUUUAAAAGUUUUUACUACAAAACUAUGCAUUAUACUGUCCUUGUGGCAUGUGUGAUAAAUACAGACAGACAGAAGAAUAAAUGUUAGGAGUCUGUUUGGAUGGUUUAAGUGGAGGAAGAUGGAAGAUAAUAUUGAUGAACUAUGGAAUAAUCUUCAUAUA